UGUCACAUCUGCAGAGGCUGUUUGUAACAUGCGUGAAGUCCUUUAUGCCACAAGCAUAAAAGUCCUGGUUUAAAGGCAGUACAGUCCAGAGUAGGUUUCUGGUUCUGGGCCUCUGUCCAGCCAAGUACAUGUCAUUUUAAUUUCCCCUUAAAAUCAACCAUUGGCUACCAAUCAAUAGAAUUUGCCGUUUUCAUGGGAGCGGCAACAAUUUCCUUUGAGGAUGCAAUUGAGGCAUUUCAGAAAAUCACCGCUCUGUUUGCUUAACAAUUUGUGGCCAGCCUCUGUUUAUACGCACUCGUGUGAGCGCGGCAGCCGUUUGCUACCGCGAUCGGCCUGCACCAGCCCGAGGAGUGGGCCCGAGCUGAGGAAUGGAGCGCAGACAACAAUGAAGCCCGGAGAAGCCCAUUAAAGACAAAUGUAGCAGUCCAGUGAGUCGGCGCCUGCAACGGCUGCAAAUGAAUGAAAACCGGUUCAAGGGAGAAAAUAAAAAAUGGGGGCUGCGUGAUGCAUUCGGGCGACCUCCUCCACCCCGGCGUCCCUGCUGGCUCCACUCAGCCACACUCCUGUUGUUCCUCUGACACCGCGGUGCCAUCCCGCAUCCUCAGUCAGCGAGGUAAUUAUGAGCAGAGCCCGGCGCUGGAGGGCCACCCUUGGACCCGCUCCACUGUGAGCCACGCCACCUCCGUGUCCGUCUUCAACAGGCUGGCGGAGCUUUAAGAAUGGCCAGCGCCGCUGGUGUUGCAGAAACAAUGGAGCUAGCAGAAAGUGAGCCAAAGUGCCACAUCAGUAAAUAAUAAAGUAAUGUUCUUCAGAGCAAAAACCCCAAACGGUGAAACUGGCCCCUGUGAGGCAGGAUUUGUCAUUCUGAGGUGUGCUGCAUUGUGUUGGCAAGAUAAAUCACAUAUAUUUUAUGUUAAUGUUUAUUAAGAACUAGCAGCUGCUGCGUUGGGAAACCAAAAUGUAUGACAUCAGGACGAGCCACAUGUUUGCGCCCACAAAUCUUCAAGCCCGCAUUAACCUGAUAUAUGCAGGUGGAAAUGCUUAUGUUAUAUUUUUAUGCCACUUUCAGAUAGACCAUAAUAAAUUGCAGUAAUAUCAUACUUGCACGCUACUGUUUAACUGCAGGUGCCAUAAACUCGGCAGCUCCAGUUUACGGCAUCUGUGUCACGCUGCGUUGACUUCAUGUCACGACCUGUUUUAUGCCACAGCCUCAUUCAGUAGAGGCACCUGGUUUUGACAUUCUUUAUUUCAAUUCAAGUCUUGAUCUUUAUUUUGAUUUUAUUCUAAAUUCAGUUGCAGCUGAUGGAUAUAUGUGUCCAAAAAUCUCAUUGUUAUAUUCAUGAUGUUUUCAGGAUAUUGCAGUACUUCACCUGCCUAAAAUGUUAGUUACAUUAAGUGGAGCUGGAUCGUUUUGCUUAAAGAGCUAGUUACAUAGCUAAUCUCGCUAUGUAAUAAAUAUAAUCAUUUUAUUUGAGGACCAAUCAGCCAUUAUGCUAUUUAAACGUGUCUCAACAUUAAACUAACCCAUAACGACUGGACUGUUUACCUGUUUCAGCCUUAAUUGAAGACACCGCCCAUUCAUUCUUGUCCCCACAGAACUGAGGCGCUCCAACGUCCUGCUACCCACGAGGAGCUCGGAUCUGGGCCUGCGGAUCUUAAACCAAUAUAUAGCUUAUUAAUACAAUUUAUGUGCCGUAUACGUCUUGGCGGGCCCGGGCUGCCUAAUUAUCCCACAGGCUGAGUGAUAUCGGUGCGCUUUAUUAAUGUUCCACCGUAUUGCCAGGGACAACCAAUAAAUACGGCGCUGGGGAUCCCACCAAAUUAAAUAGGAAUAUUUCGGCCUUUUAAUGAAGGACUGUCAAUGUGCACCACAUAUACCCCCUAUUUAAAUAUGCACAUGAUUCCUCAAUGGCAUAUUAUUCAAAGCAUGCGUAAGUGAUGGUGGCUGAAUUGCCUUCCAGAACCAAACGGCCGCCUGGAGCUGGCUUUGGCUCUUUUUUCGUGAGAAUAACAACAUCAUAUACAGAUUAGACUCACGGCGUGGUCUUUAUCGUGAUCACAGCGUUGGCUAGGUGGACUUAAUGAGCGCCCCGGGGCUCUGGAAUGACUCAACUGUCUGUUUCAGGGUGCCUAGUCCCAUUGGAGUUAGUGGCAGGAGUUUACGUUAUGGACUCGGCCAUUUACAGCGAUGGGUCCGGACAUCAGCGCUGCAGCCUUGGUUUCCCUCACCUUUCAAUGGAACAUAAUGGAAAAUCAAACAUCAUUAUUGGGAAGUUGGUGUCUGAGUGAAGAUUGGCCGUGGCUCAGAGGUGGAUAGAGACCUAUAUGACAGGCCCCAGCGAGGACUGAAUGGACAGCGGUGUCUGAUAAAUGGCUCGCCUCCAUCUUAAUCACAGAGCGCACACACCAAGUGACGCGAUCGAUGAUGAGCUUUUUGGGAAGCGGCCGGUUUGGACCUUUUUAACCACCAGCCUUUCGACCGCCCCAGCGAAGCGCCGCCGCCGCCUCCACGCCAGACGCCAUGGCCAGCUCCCUGUGGAAGCUGCACAUCCUCUGCUGGUUCCUCAUCACUCUGGCCCAGGUCAACUCCACAGAGGGGUUCAGUCGAGCCGCGUUGCCGUUUGGCCUCGUAAGGAGGGAGCUGUCUUGCGAGGGUUACCCCAUUGAUCUGCGGUGUCCAGGAAGUGAUGUCAUAAUGAUCGAGAGCGCCAACUAUGGCCGAACAGAUGACAAGAUCUGUGACGCCGACCCGUUCCAGAUGGAGAACACCAACUGCUAUCUUCCAGAUGCCUACAAGAUCAUGUCACAGAGAUGCAACAAUCGGACCCAGUGCAUCGUGAUCACGGGCUCCGACGUCUUCCCCGACCCCUGUCCAGGCACCUACAAGUACCUGGAGGUCCAGUAUGAGUGUGUGCCCUACAAAGUGGAGCAAAAAGUUUUUCUUUGUCCCGGGACUCUGAAAGCUGUUGGUGAUCCGUCCUUUCUAUUUGAAGCGGAGCAACAAGCAGGCGCCUGGUGCAAAGACCCGCUGCAAGCCGGCGACAAAAUCUACUUCAUGCCUUGGACUCCUUAUAGGACAGACAUUCUGAUCGAGUACUCCUCCCUGGAUGACUUCCAGAACACCCGGCAGACCUCCACCUACAAGCUCCCCCACCGGGUGGACGGGACGGGCUUCGUGGUCUAUGACGGAGCCGUGUUCUUCAACAAGGAGCGUACCCGGAACAUCGUCAAGUUCGACCUGCGGACGCGAAUCAAGAGCGGCGAGGCCAUCAUCAACAACGCCAACUACCACGACACGUCGCCGUACAAGUGGGGCGGCAAGACGGACAUUGACCUGGCGGUAGACGAGAACGGACUGUGGGUGAUCUACGCCACGGAGCAGAACAAUGGCAUGAUGGUCAUCAGCCAGUUGAACCCCUACACGCUGCGCUUCGAGGCUACCUGGGACACGGCCUACGACAAGCGCUCAGCCUCCAAUGCCUUCAUGGUUUGCGGAGUACUGUAUGUGGUGCGCUCCACCUAUGAAGACAAUGAGAGCGAGGUCAGCAAGAGUCUCAUCGAUUACAUUUACAACACCAAGCAGAACCGUGGGGAAUAUGUUGACAUCCACUUUCCCAACCAGUACCAGUACAUUGCAGCUGUGGAUUACAAUCCGCGAGAUAACCAACUCUAUGUGUGGAAUAAUUUUUACAUCCUGAGGUAUAAUCUGGAGUUCGGUCCACCUGAUCCAGCACAUGCACUCCCGCCCAUGCCUGAAGUCACCACGUCCCCCCAGGCCCCGCGAACCACCACCACCGCCACCACAACAACCACGGUGCACCGGGGUGCGGUCAACAACACCACCACCGCCGCGACAACAGUGCACAAGGAGGGCGGCAGGGGAGCGCCCAGGCCGCCUCCGGUGGCUCCGCAGACUACUUCCCCUCCGACCCUAGAGUCCUUCCCCUUAGAUAAGCGCUUCUGCGAGGCCACCGAGGAAAGAGACAUACUGUGGCCUCAGACCCAGAGGGGCAUGCUCGUGGAGCGACCUUGCCCCAAGGGGACACGAGGCACAGCCUCUUAUUUAUGUGUCCUUUCCACUGGGGCCUGGCACCGGAAGGGCCCUGAUCUGAGCAACUGUACCUCCCACUGGGUAAACCAACUGGCCCAGAAGAUCCGCAGCGGUGAGAACGCGGCUAACUUGGCCAACGAGCUAGCCAAGCACACCAAAGGCCCCAUCUUCGCGGGCGACGUCAGCUCGUCGGUGCGGCUCAUGGAGCAGCUGGUGGACAUCCUGGACGCUCAGCUGCAGGAGCUCAGGCCCAGCGAGAAGGAUUCCGCUGGACGGAGCUUCAACAAGGUUCAAAAACGAGAAAGGACGUGCAGGGCGUACAUGAAGGCCAUCGUGGACACCGUGGACAACAUCCUGAGGCCGGAGGCGCUGAAGUCGUGGCACGACAUGAACAGCACGGAGCAGACGCACGCCGCCACCAUGCUGCUGGACACGCUGGAGGAGGGCGCCUUCGUCCUCGCCGACAACCUGGUGGAGCCGGCCGUCGUCAAGGUUCCCACAGACAACAUCAUCCUAGACGUGUUCGUGCUCAGCACGGACGGCCAAGUUCAAGAUUUCAAAUUCCCGCAAGCCAGCAAGGGCGGUGUCUCCAUUCAGCUGUCGGCCAACACUGUCAAGCUCAACAGUCGCAACGGAGUGGCCAAGCUGGUGUUCGUGCUUUACAAAAACCUGGGCCAGUUCCUCAGCACGGAGAACGCCACCAUCCGGAUGGCCAACGAGGCGUACGGCCGCAACGUGUCGGUGGCCGUCAACUCGGACAUCAUCGCCGCCUCCAUCAACAAGGAGUCCAGCCGCGUGUUCAUCAACGACCCCGUCAUCUUCACGCUGGAGCACAUCGAUAUGGAGCACUACUUCAACCCCAAUUGCUCCUUCUGGAAUUACUCUGAGAGGAGUAUGAUGGGGUACUGGUCCACCCAAGGCUGCAAGCUACUGGACACCAAUAAAACGCACACCACCUGCUCCUGCAGCCAUCUCACCAACUUCGCCAUCCUCAUGGCUCACCGUGAAAUCUCGGUCAACGACCGAGUGCACGAGCUGCUUCUGAACGUCAUCACCCGCGUCGGGAUCGUGGUCUCCCUCGUCUGCCUCGCCAUCAGCAUCUUCACGUUCUGCUUCUUCCGGGGGCUGCAGAGCGAUCGCAACACCAUCCACAAGAACUUGUGCAUUAAUCUCUUCAUUGCUGAGUUAAUAUUCCUAAUUGGUAUCGAUAUGACGGAACCCAGGAUCGGAUGUGCCAUCAUCGCGGGGAUCCUCCACUUCUUCUUCCUGGCCUCUUUCUCCUGGAUGUGCCUCGAGGGGGUCCAGCUGUACCUCAUGCUCGUGGAGGUCUUCGAGAGCGAGUACUCACGGAAAAAGUACUACUACGUGUCGGGUUACCUCUUCCCCGCCAUCGUGGUGGGCGUCUCGGCCGCCAUCGACUACGGCAGCUACGGCACCAGUAAAGCGUGCUGGCUGAGCGUGGAUAAUCACUUCAUAUGGAGCUUUAUAGGACCUGUCACCUUUAUCAUCAUGCUCAAUCUCAUCUUCCUGGUCAUCACGAUGUACAAAAUGGUGAAGCACUCGACCACCCUGAAACCGGACUCCAGUCGGCUGGAGAAUAUAAAUAAUUAUCGCGUUUGUGACGGCUACUAUAAUACAGAUUUGCCUGGCUAUGAAGAUAAUAAACGGUUUAUCAAAUCCUGGGUCAUGGGUGCCUUCGCUCUGCUGUGUCUUCUGGGCCUGACGUGGUCCUUUGGUCUCUUCUUCAUCAAUGAGGCCUCUAUUGUCAUGGCGUACCUCUUCACCAUAUUCAACACCUUCCAGGGAAUGUUUAUCUUCAUCUUCCAUUGCCUUCUGCAGAAAAAGGUCCGCAAAGAGUACAGCAAGUGCUUCCGCCACACGUACUGCUGCGGGGGGCUGCCCACCGAGAGCUCCCACGGCUCGGUCAAGACGUCCACCACGCGGACCAGCGCCCGCUACUCGUCCGGUACACAGGUAGAGCAGCUGCGACCCGCAGCCCACAACCCGUCCAGGGCGCUCAGUCAAACACGGGAGGACACAGAGUUACCGAGAUACAGCGCGUUAAUGGAGAACAAAAAGGGCCUGUUGGUGCCAGAGAGUCGUAUCAGGAGAAUGUGGAAUGACACCGUAAGAAAGCAAUCUGAGUCCUCCUUUAUCUCAGGUGACAUCAACAGCUCCUCCACCCUUAACCAAGGAAUGACCGGAAAUUAUCUACUAACAAAUCCUCUUCUGCGACCACAAGGCACUAACAACCCCUAUAACACUUUGCUGGCUGAGACCGUUGUAUGUAACACCCCCACGGCUCCAGUGUUUAACUCGCCAGUGACCUACAGAGAGACAAGGCACUCACUGAACAAUGCAGUGAGGGAUACAAGUGCAAUGGAUACACUACCGCUAAAUGGUAACUUUAAUAAUAGCUACUCGCUCCGCAACGGGGACUUUGGGGACAGUGUGCAGGUAGUGGACUGCGGCCUCAGUCUGGACGACGCUGCCUUUGAGAAAAUGAUCAUCUCCGAGUUAGUACACAACAACCUGCGUGCCUGUAACAAAAGCCACCAACAGCAACAGCACCCCAGUUUACACCACCCGCCCCACCACCAGCAGCAGCAGCAGCCCCCGCAGUACCACCACCACCACCACCACACGGAGCGGGCUCCGCCGACGGUGACGACGGCGGUGGGCGGCGGCGGCAGCAGCAGCGAAGACGACGCCAUCGUCGCCGACGCCUCGUCGUUGGUGCACGUGGGCGACGCGGUGGGCCUCGAGCUGCACCACCAGCAGGAGCUGGAGGCGCCGCUCAUCCCCCAGCGGACUCACUCGCUUCUAUACGCGCCCCAGAAGAAGGUGAGGACCGACGGGGGCGUGGAGGCCUUCGUCAGCCAGCUGACGCCCACCGACCCCGACGAUAGUCUGCAGUCCCCGAACAGAGACUCCUUGUACACUAGUAUGCCUAAUCUUAGGGACUCUCCGCUGCCAGAGAGCAGCCCUGACGUGGUGGAGGACCUGUCCCCCUCUAAGAGGAGCGAGAGCGAGGACGUUUACUACAAGAGCAUGCCUAAUUUAGGGGCCGGCCACCAGCUGCAGGCCUAUUACCAGAUAGGCCGAGGGAGCAGCGAAGGUUUCAUUAUUCCCAUUAAUAAAGAGGGCUGCAUUCCUGAAGGCGACGUGCGGGAAGGACAGAUGCAGUUAGUGACAAGCCUUUAAAUGUAUUUAAAUUGUCCCCGCUGCUCGUCCGACCGCUUCGCGGCCCUCGACCUCGCGGACGACGCGCUGGUGAAGGAACGCGAAGCGUUGGUUUUAUUUUCCAAGAGAGCCCAGACGCCCCGUCAUUCAGGACACAUUAGUUAUUUACAAAGCUCCCCAUCUGCAUCGCCCCCUCCACCCCACGCACCAACAGACUCGGCGCACGGCAGUGCGAGGUUUGAGCAAGACUGUACAUAAAAUGCAGAGUCAAAUUUUGAUUUUAAGUGACAAGCCAAUUAUGUAUUUAAAUGUGCUGCUGCUGUUGAAUAAUUGAGAAAAAAAAUUUAAGUACAAAAAUAACAAAAAAAAAAAAUAGAAAAAAACAAGCAUUACUGGAGACAUCAGAUCAGCAGGUUCCUGGUGGAAAGGUUGUACAUACACUCCCCAACAUCCUUGUUGAAGCUGUAUUUUUUUUUUUUUUUUUUUUUUUUUACACACUCACCCUCGGACCAGGACGUGGACCCUGUUUGUAAAAUGCUCCUGAUCAGACAUUUAGAGAAGGACCAUAAAGUCCUGGUCGCCCUGAAGCGCUCUCCAUCCCAUCAUGAAGUUCGGAUUGUAUGACCACUAGCAAUCAAGCCCCUGGCCUUAUAUUUUCUCAACUGUACAUUGAACUGUUGUCAAGGAAAAUGGCUAAAAUAUAUAUUUUGUUGUAUUGCUAGUGUAAAAUAAAAAUUCAUGGGAAAAACGUAAAUAUGAAGAAGCAUUUUAAUUGCAAAAUUUAACGUUUGAGAGACUAUUGUGUAGAAGUUGCACAUAUGUUAUACAGUGUGUUUAUGGUUCCAACACUUUCAUGGUAGUAUGAUGUUUGAAUGUCAAGGCUUACGACGAGACGUGAGGUUUCAACAGAUUACAGAGACGCAUUGUCACCUUCUCCACUUGUGAACAGUGUUUUUUUGCUUAUUGAAUUCCAUGGAUCUUGCCUGUAGACAUGCGUCCGCUGGGUUUCUGCCACAGAGGCGUUGCUCCAGUGGACGGGAAGGCGUGCGACGGUCCCAUCGGAGCGACGGCAAGCGAAAGCAAGUUCGACAAUAAAGUUCCUGUCAUAAAUGUAGUUCUUCCGCCUGGGUUUGGACACUUUAUUUAUUAAAAUCUUUCCAAAAAAGAAAUGGGAAAUGUGUGACUAUUUUCCAGCACUGGUAGACUUGCUCUAGUGUAGCUCAUGUUUCUUUUAUGUAAACAUGUGACAGAGGGGUUCAUCACUUAAGACUGAUGUAAAGUUCAACACUUGUUUAACAAAUAAAAUAAAUGUGAGACUUUUUGUCAAAUGCCAGUUGCUUUUUAAUGGUUUGUGUUCUGGGUGCUGUUUGGAGGUGAAUUCCUUUUGUUGACGUCCGACUCAGGUUCUACGCACGUCCCGAGCUGCUCCCUCCUGUUUUCUGGGGGCUCCCUUUGCUUUGCGCCGCUUGCUCUGUCGUGGCUGCAGAGCAGAGCGAGCUCGCUCCAGCCCUGUGUGUUAGAGAAGCCAAAUCUUUCCAUGUGAUUCAAAGAUGAGAAAACUCAGGUAGGAAAACUUCAUUGUAAAUGUUCCUCUGUGUGGUUGUAACACGAAUAAAGGUUCAACGACGAAACGA